AUGAGGGUCAGGCCCGCAAUCGGACGGCUAUCGGAGGAUCUGCUGUCCCAGAUCCUCCACCUCGUCGGCGAAUCAGGCAGCUAUUUCCAACACGCUCUCGUCUCUAAGGAAUGGCAUCGCAUCGCUUGUCGCAUACAGGACUACAUUCACUUGCAAGAGGACCGUCGCAUGAGUCCGCGUCAACUGCUUUCCGAGCUCUCGUCGUUCCCUAGCCUCACGAGGCUCGUUCUUCCAUCCGGCAGCCUCACCUCCGUCCCGGACUUUUUCCUCAUCCGUCUCGCCGGCACGUGUCCAGAUCUGCUUCAGCUUCACAUUGAAUCAACGGAUCAGAUUCACAGACGCGGCGGUUUCACCGAGGAAGGCCUUUCCGCGCUUCUCGAGGGUUGUGCUCACCUGGAGGAGCUUCAUCUGGAUUGCCCUCUCCGUCUCACCGCCAUUCCGCCUUCCAUCGGCGGUCUUGCUUGGCUCAGGGAUCUGCAUCUCGCUGCAAGCAGCAUCACUCACCUUCCCGACAGCAUCACCUCGUUACAGUCGCUCGAAAACCUAGUGCUGCAAAUGGACUCGCUUCAAGAACUACCUCCUGUUUUCGGCAAUCUGAUAUCUCUAGAGUCGCUGCGCCUGGAGUCUUGCGGGCCUCUCACGUCACUCCCGGAAUCUAUUGGGCAACUUGCGAAUCUAGACCAUCUCUACAUCAGCGGCACCAGCAGGCUUCAGCUUCCGGCUUCUCUUUGCAAUCUCUCAUCUCUGGUGGUCCUCGAGAUUCACAAGUGCCAGGAUCUUUCACCGCUGCCCGAGAAUCUUGGUCAGCUGCAGGCGCUCGAGAUUUUACUUCUGGACGAGGUGAUGGGUCUCACUGAGCUUCCAGAGUCUCUCGGACAGCUGCAGCGGCUGCGGCUCUUGCAAUUGAUUGGCUGCUUCGGUAUCAUGUCGCUGCCCGGAUCCAUCUCUCGUGUGUCGUCCCUCACGGGUCUGAACCUGGUUGUCCCAACACUUUUAACGCUGCCCGAUGACAUCGGGCAGCUAUCGAAUCUUCAAAGCCUCAUGCUGGAUGCUCAUAGCCUUACAAGCCUUCCUGAUUCAAUCUCUCUGGCCUCUGCUCUCCGAGAACUAGCCAUUGACGGUCUCCGAAAUGUUACGUCCCUGCCCGAAGAUAUCGGGCAGCUGACAGCAAUGGAAUCCCUCCGCCUGGCCAGCCUUCCACAGCUGACUCACCUGCCCGAAUCGCUUGGAAACUUGACAAAUCUUGAUGAGCUGAAAGUGGUGAAGUGUGCGCGGUUGCAGCAGCUGCCCGAAACUUUGUCUCGGUUAACUGCCCUCGAAAAGCUGGAUCUGAGUGAUAACCGGAGGCUCACAGCUCUACCCGACGGCAUGGGAAACGGCCUACAGAACUUACGAGAAUUCCUUCUACUUCCUUGCAAGGCCCUGACUCACCUCCCUCCAUCCUUCUCCUGUCUCUCGUCACUUGAAACCCUAAGAAUCUUGAAUGCAGAGAGCUUCAGAGGGCCCCUGCCUGACGGCUUUGGCUGCUUGAAAAGCCUCAAGGAGCUCUGGCUGUGCUCCUUGCCGCACCUCUCAGCCUUCCCUUCGCCACUCCCCGGGCUCUCCCGCACACUGACCAGCAUGUUAGUGGCAAACUGCUUAGAGAUAAAGAAGCUGCCUGAGGAGAUCGGACUUCUGGAAAGGCUUGAAGAGCUCACGAUCUCGAAGUUAUACGGUGUGGAAUCGCUCCCGAAGUCGCUGUUUCAGCUGCCCGCGUUGCGGGAGCUACAUGUGCUGGGAUGCACGGGGCUUCUGUCGAAUCUGCAAGAGCUUGUGAUUUCUCAUGCUAGCAGUCUUGAGACCUUGCCAGACUCAAUAGGAAGUCUUCCCAAGCUUGCUUCUCUGCAGCUGAUUAGGCUUGAAAACCUACAGGGAGAGGAGGGAGAGGGAGGGAUGGAGGGGGCGGAGGGGUUUGCGACAGGGGAGGAAGGAGAUCAAGAUGAUGGAGAGGAGUCGGAGGAAGACGAGGAGGAAGAGGAUGAAAGUGAUGAGGAGGAUGAGUAUGACCAAGAUGAUGGUGAUGAUGACGAUGAGGAAGAGGAAACUGAAGAUAGUGCAGAGGGAGAGGGUAAUGAGAGUGGAGAGGGAGAUGAGAGUGAGGAGGGAGCUGCAUCGAACCUCCUCCUGCUGGUUGGUUGGUCUCGUGGACUGCCGGCUCGUCGUUCUGCUGUCUUUAGUACAGCCGACGUCAUGUUCCGCCAUGUGUCAGCACGACAGCGGCAGCUGGCGAGAGCCGCGUUGCUCGCCGUAUCUUCCGCCACAUCUUCCGCCGCACCGUCCACCGCUGCAUUCGGAAGCCGUAGUUUCGGGAUCGGGUCGCCGUCGCCGAUUUCCGCGUGGCAAGCGCACCUGUUGCCUCGUGUCUUCAACCUGGCAUUAUCGUCACCUCAACCAGCCGCUGUCAUGGGAAAUGCAUGCUCUACCCUCUCUCCGUCACUAUUGCGAUCACCGUCGCCUUCAGCACCACUGCUCCAGCCUGGAAUGAUUGCCUUGAGAAACCGUUCGACUCUCAUCCCAUCUUCCUCGCUUAUCUCUAGCCAUGGCCUUGCCACGUCAGCCACAUCCACACCAGCUGCUGCAGCCACGUCAGCCGCAUCCACACCAGCUGCUGCAGUCACGUCAGCCUCAUCAACAUCAGCAGCAGCAGCAGCAGCAGCAGCAGGAGGAGCAGCAGCUGGAGCAGGAGGUGCAGUGUCAACAGGGAGGGUUGGAGAUGCAGCAGCAGGAGAGCCGGGAGUGGGGAAUGGGAGGAUCCGGGUGAAGACAAAGGCACUGACGAAACAAGCAAAGCACAUCAUGAAUAUUCUGGAUGCAGAGGCCACGGGUUUGUUGCGCCAGGAGCGCAACAUGCCAGACUUCAAGCCGGGAGACGUGCUCUCCAUGAAGAUUGAGGUGCCUGAGAACAAGCGGCGCACAUCCAUAGUGAAGGGCAUCGUCAUCGCUCGCCGGAACGCCGGGAUCGGCUCCACUUUCCGGAUUCGCCGCAUGCUGGCUGGCGUGGGCGUCGAGAUGUCCUUCCCCCUGUACUCUCCCAACAUAAAGGAGAUCACUGUGAUAGGAACUCGCAAGUUCAAUCUGCAUAUGACGAAUAGACUCCAAUUGAGUUCUGUGCAAUCUGGAUGCCAGUUCAACGGUUUGCAUGCAGCCACCAGGCUUCAGCCUGCCACGCGCUCGCCACGCAAGCCAUCUCUUGUUCCCUCCCUCUCUGAGCGGCAUCUGAACUAA